AUGCGCGACAUGGACGCUACCAGACAGGCGCUUCGCGGAGCUGGUGGCGGGGGACCUCGUCGGCAGCGGCCGGGCCCGCUGCUUCGAGCUCACGUUCGCGAUGCCAGACGAUGCCCCCAGCGCCUAUGCCGCCUCGGAUCGCGGGGCGAACCCAGCGUGGGAGUGUGCGCUCGGCGGGUGCCCGUGGAUCCGCAUCGGCCUGUGCACCCCGAGGGCCUGCAGCCUGGGCGACGUGUCCGAGCACUGGCGCGACUUCCUGGACCUCGUCGCCGGCGGCAACUGGUGGUGCUCUUGGCCGCUGGUCUCGGGUCGGUACCUGACCUUCCAGGACGUGGUGGACCCGUGGGUGAGGCCAGUGAAGUUCCUGCACCUCCGGCGCACGGGCGGCACCACGCUGAAGACGCGGAUGCUGCGCCUCCAGCAGAGGGCUGGCUGGCCACCCCCCGCCACCAGCAGGGGCGCCCCGCUGUUGUGCAAGGUGGAGUCGUACGUGCCCGUGUGCGACGACGAAGUCGGCCCCCACUUGCGUUCUCUGUGCGCGACCCGCUGCGGAGAUUCGUGAGCGAGCACCGGCUGGAGGCCGACCCCAGCGCGCGGCCCCUCGCGGAGGGGCUCGCCCUGACGGGGUCCUUGGAGCCCUGGGAGCUGGCGGCGGCGCUGGGGGACGCGGAGCGCGCGCCAGAAGCCUGGGCGGCCGUGCAGGAGUUUUCGACCCUCCAGGGCGUCCUGGGCGGCAUCCUGAACGUCCACGGCUGCCUGGUGCGAGGCAGGAUAUCCUUCGUCGGCCGCACCGAGUUCGUGGCGGAGGACGCCGUGGGCCUCUACCAGGCCAUUGUCGGGCCCCCUCCAGACGACACGUCUGGGGGCCACCUGUGGCUCAACAUCCACGGGAGCGCGCUCAACCGCAGCGUGCACCAGGAGAUCGGCGCCGCGGGCGUGCGGGCGCUGAGCGCCUUCCUGGCCGAGGACUACUUCAUCCUGUCGCUGCUCGCUCGGCGGGGGCUGCUGCCGCCGUCGUACCUCGAGCAGCUCGGCGUGCAGGCGCGGGGCCCGCCCCAGGACGCGUGCGCCGAGGCCGGUCCGGGGUGGCUGGCGCGGCUGCUUCCGGCGGCCCCUGGGGGCGGCCCUGGGCCUUGGUGGCUCGUGUGGCUGGACGGCGGCAGCGGGCGGUGCAGGGUCGCGGGCGCCGUGGAGGAGGCGGUGGCGACCGCGGUGCGGUCGGCGCUGCUGCGUCGGGACCCGGGCAGCGCGCCCUUCGUGGUCCCGCCGCGCGGCGGGCGCCUCGGCGAGGCCGCGGGGCCGUGCGCGGCACACCUGGAGGAGGUGGCGACGGCGCUGUGCACGGAGCAGGCGGGGGCUCCCGACCCACGGCAGGGGGCCGCCGAGCCCUGA